AAUUUAUUUUCGAGUUAUAUGCAUGGAACACUUUUACAACUAGAUCUAGUACUUGAAGUUCUUCAUCGAAAGUGGAUCUAUUGUGCACUGUCGACGACGAGCGUGAAACAAAACUGGGAGGUUUUUUCUGUAUUCCAAAACAAGACUUCACUAUCGACGUCAAAUACGAUCAUGUUUGGAGCAGAUAAACCAGGAUCUUUUGAAUCUGUAGUUCAGGCCAUGAAUAAAACAGCGCUCUGCUUUUGCGUGGAGAUGUGAUCAGCACUUCAAGAACACGUUCUCUAAUGAUCUAUCAUCGCACAUGAUAACUACGAGGAUGUCGCUCUUAGCUAUACAGAUACAAUAAACCGAGUAAAGACUAGCAUGAUAUAUUUGCAGACUCAGAAAAUUGAUUUUCAAUUUCAUGAUGACCAAUUUUUUGCAGGCACCAACAACAGAACGGACAAUUUUUUUGGUAUCAACCCUGCUUCUUAGAAUCAACUAGCUUGAUAUUGAUGUUCUGUUUGGUUUGCAAUUGUCUGCACUUGCUAUGAUUAAGAAGAUGUUCAGUUCUUCUGAAGCGGAGGGUCAGCAUGGGGCUGGUCCUCCUAGUGUUGCGGCCCGCACGACGACCGGAGUGAAUUGGCGGCGUUGUCUCGUCUGGUUCGCGCAUCACAACCUUUAUUACAACAUGCGCUUUCAAGAGCUCGAGGCAUUGGCAGACAUGUGUGGGAUUUCAAAGACAGACCUGUACCGUGAUCCCGCGACGGGUUUCAGUGAGCCGCCCUCGGCGCAACGAGAGGAACCCUUUGUGUACAUCAAUCUGCCAGAGGCUCGGCGGGAAGAGGUAGUGCGUUUUUGGCUAAGCCGUGCCGUGAUGAUCAAGUACGUGGUUGACGUUUGGGGUGAAGGGACGCUGGAGUCUGCGCAAGCAUCAUUAUCAUGCGCCGAAAAACCAGAAGCGGGUUCGGAUUCUUGGACGAGCAUUUGCAGCGCAACUGCGGCGUAUACUGACCUGCAGGCCAAAUUGAAGAGUGACGAUUGGGCAGCGCUGAGAAGAGCAGCGGCACUAGAGUACGUGAACUCUGACAAAACGUUUUGCUUCCGCUGUUUCGCGUUCGGAAAGUCCUUGCAUCAGGAGUACAAGCAACGACGGAUCACUGAAGUCGCAGAUUUCCUAUGGGGACCCAUUUCUCCAGCAGAAGCCGGCCAAGCGGAUGAGGGCGAUAAGAACACGCCAUCUGACGAAGACCGGCAUUCUCCAAAGCGCCAUCGUACUGACGCGCCACUAGCGAAUGGAGCUACGCCGUCGACCGCGUCUAGUUCUCGCGUCGCCGCUGAACCGCAAACCGCAUGCCCCACAUCUUCUUCGGCCAGCAAUGGCGCUCCGGCAAACUCCAAGGCAGCAGCCGAGGCGCACUCCACCAAAAGACCGACUGACUCUUCUGGACUUCCGCAAAAGGACUCAUCAAAGAAUGACUUUUAUUUGCAUCGUCCUAGGAAAAUUGACUUGCAGGGACCCGAAACCAUGCUCAUGAUUCUGGAAGACUACGGAGUGGAAGAGACGCACAAACUGGACAAGACUUUGCGACGCGUGUUUCUUGCGAGGCAUCUAGGGUCGGGACGCACGCAUAUGGCGUCAAGUAAAAAUCUAGCCUUUUACGAACACUAUGCAUUAAACAAGAGAUGCAUCUUGGGUCCAACGACAAUGGAAAACGAACUAGCCUUCCUAAUGGCCAAUUGUGGACAGGUACUUCUCGAUAGUUUUUUUCGUUCUACUGCGAUAUGUCCUCCUCCAUCUUUCAAGAUUGUUGAUAGUAAGCUGGAACACGCUGAACACCUCAUUUGGUAGCGUUGUAUUCACUUAUUUUCGUCAAUUGCUUGGUGUCCAACAGCCAUCGUCGUGAUUUUCUCAUUCAUGAUGCAGUGAUCCCACUUUGACUUUCUUACUUUUUGCCUUUCCACUCCGUCAGGUCUCAUCGAGUAGCCUUGCGAUGGAUCCUUUUUGUGGGACUGGCGGUUUGCUUAUACCAAUGGCUCAUUUCGACACGCAAACAAUCGGAAGCGACCUCGACAUUCGGGUACUCAAAGGAUGGCGAAUCGCGUAUCAGAAAAACACGAAAAAGUGUGCUGAAAUUUGUGAAAGCAUUCGAUUCCGCAAGCCUGAGGAAAAGACAGCAGCUAUAAUGCAGACGGGAAGCACUAGUGCAACCGAUGCUGCUGAUGUAUACAUGGAUGAUGCGGCAGAGCAGUCAGAUCAGAACCAGAAUGCCAGGGAUAUCACGAGAAAAAGUGAAAAAGAAGACUGCAUAAUACAAACGGAUUCGAAGCCUCAAGAUGAAACAAAGGCUGCAGCGAAAAACGUCUCAGGUGAGCAUUCUUCAUCUUCGUCUACAGCUUUCGCCCUACCCGCGAAGAAAGGACCGGCUUCACAUCCUUCCUCUUCCGCCUGCAAAGACAUCUACAUGAAUUUUUACCAGUACAAGCUGAAGCGCCCUGAGAUCGUGGUCACCGACAACAGCCGCAAGCCGUGGCGUCAGACGCGUCCCUGGUUAGACGCUAUCGUCACGGAUCCGCCAUACGGGAUUCGCGCUGCGUCAAAAAAGGUCCAAAACAACUUUAACGGCGGAGAUGACCCCAGAAUCUACGACCGCGGGAACUACAUCGCUCGUAAAGAAUUAUACGAGGAGGAUGAGAUCUUACGAGAUCUUUUGCGCUUCGCAGCUCGCAACCUCGUUGACGGAGGGCGCCUAGUUUUCCUUCUGCCAAUCGAUCUGGUUGAACUUAAACGCCGUGCAGCAGCAGAAGAUGGAUCUCUUGUACAACAAGUCGGUGCAGGUGGGGAAUUGCCGCAGACUGUCGAUUCCAUCCGCUCGUUGCGGGAGCGUGCAUUGCCCCAAUUACCGCAGAACCUUAGCAGCGGCGUCAAUGGAGACGCAUCAUCAUUGACAAAUACAAGAAGGACUGGAAAUUCUACUGCGAUGACUUCUGCUUCUGCUGGUGGUGAGGGUUGUGCCGCAUUGUCCCAUGAAACCACCGAUGUGGUUGCUGCAGAAGGCACCGGAGCUAGUGCUGGACCGCCGCCAUCUUCGGCAAACGGGAAACCCCUUGCGAACAAAAAGACUGGACGGAAACAGAAGCAAAAGAACCAAGACUGGUGGACGAACACGACACGUGAUCCUGUCCUGCUUGAUCAGAGCCGAUAUGCAAUUCCGACAGAACCGGGACUAGAACUUGAAUCUGCGACGCUGCAGGUCUUGAGUGGCGGACUUGGCAGACUUCUAGUUGUCAUGAAUCGACUGCCGCGUGUUAGUCAGGAUUCUCGUAUUCAUGUUUAGAGGAACAUGCUUCAUUGAACAUGAACAGCGAUUUCUUUUCGCUAACUCCGUUCCUUGCGACUUCACAUUACCCUGCUUCCCACAAUGAAUUUUACUUCUGAAGAAAAUACGAUCAUUGAUAUAUUUCGACUCAAUUACGGUGUUUCUCCGGCUAACGCAAUCACAGUCACAUGCCUCCUACCCCACCUGACGGCGAAUGGAUUAUCU